GGAAUUAUUCAGCGAUUCAGCCAUUGUUCUGGUCAGCUGUCACGAAUCCAACAGGAUCCCGUCAAUGAUCUCGGCAUGAAUGUUGUGCUUGUAACAGGCGGUACGGGGCUCGUUGGUAGAGCCAUUCAAAAUGUUAUCGAGCACGACAAGAGGGAAAACGAAAAGUGGAUAUUUGUCGGAUCCAAAGAUGCAGACUUGUGCGAUAAGGAGAGCACACGGAAGUUAUUCGACGAUCACAGACCGACACAUGUCAUUCAUUUAGCUGCCAUGGUCGGUGGUCUCUUCCACAACAUGUCGCACAACUUGGACUUUCUGCGGAAUAACAUACAUAUGAAUGACAAUGUUCUGCACACUGCUCACGAGUAUGGUGUCACGAAGAUUGUUUCGUGCCUCUCCACUUGUAUAUUUCCCGAUAAGACGUCUUAUCCGAUAGACGAAACUAUGGUUCACAAUGGACCGCCACAUCCUUCGAAUUACGGCUACAGCUAUGCCAAGCGGCUCAUAGAUAUCGCUAAUAGAGGCUACUACGAUCAGCACGGUAGACUGUACACCAGUGUGAUUCCUUGCAACGUAUACGGUCCGCACGACAAUUUUCAUCCUAGCGCCAGUCAUGUAAUACCUGGUUUAAUGCGAAGACUUUACGACUUGUGCAAAGAUGGAGCAAGUACAGAAGAUAAAGUAUUCACCGUAUUGGGCUCUGGCAAACCCUUGAGGCAAUUCAUCUAUAGCAUAGACUUAGCAAAAUUAAUAAUUUGGGCGCUACGAGAAUAUGAUUCUGUGGAACCAAUUAUCUUGUCAGUGGAUGAGGCGCAAGAAAAAUCGAUAGCCCAGGUGGCGGAGACGCUGGCGCGAACUUUCAACUUUAAGGGGAAGGUGGUAUAUGACACGUCGGCAGCGGAUGGACAGUAUAAGAAAACGGCAAGCAACGCGAAGCUACGAAAGUACCUACCCGAUUUUCAGUUCACGCCUUUCGAACAAGCGAUUAAAGAGACAGUUGAUUGGUAUAUAAAGAACUAUGAUCGAGCGAGGAAUUGAAAUAGUGGGGUUGCAAAUUUGCGUCAUAAUCUAUACUUUCCACUGCGAUAAUUUAUACUUCAAGAUAUGAAUUUCAACUCAUUGGAAUUCAGAUACUAAUACUAAACAAUAUAAUUGUUACUCGUUGCAAAUGGUGAACGAUAAAACUGAAGAAUGUAUCGAGAAUCGGCAGGUAUUAAUCGUAUAAUUUUAUCGUAUUGUAAAAAAAAGAACUAUUUUUGAAGUAAAUUAUCUUUACAAAA